AUGUCGAAGUUUUCAUAAUUUUUAGAGGACAUCAGCGAUUUUAAAGAAAGGCCUGUCAAAUUAAAACAAAUAAAAAAGGUUCUAAAGAUUAAUGAGAAGAGCUUUCCUCCAUGCAAAAACAUCUUGAAUUAUUAUUUCUAAGAGUUUUCAAAGUAGAUUAUAAUACUAUAAUGUAGACGUACAAAUGAGGAACAUCGUACUAAAUGGCAUAGAAAGGAUAAAAUUUUAUUUGUUUGGACUGUGUUGAAAUAUUUUGAAUUUACAAAUAAAAGUGAUUUAAACCCUGUAAUAUGAAUUUAAUAUGAUAGUCUGAAGAUGAUUGGCAUUAUCUAUCAAAUGUCUUAGGAGUAACAGAAUAAUUAUUGAAUUUAAAAUGGAUUAGCAUGCUAAAAACUAAUCUUAAAAUGGCCCCUUGGAACCCUGAGGAAGAUGAAAUAUUGUAAAACUUAAUCACAGAUCCAAAUGAAAAUAAAAAUUGGACUUAAAUUACAAUAGAUUUCAAUAGAAUAAAUCCAGCUAAAAUAGUUAGACAUGCUAAAUAAAUUAGAGAGAGAUGGAAUAAUUAUUUGAAUCCUGAAUUGAAAAAGUAUAGCUAAUUAUAUAAUUAGAUCUGAAUGGUCAUAACCUGAAUAAUUACAAUUAUUAUUGCUAGUUUAAGAAAUUGGAAAGAGAUGGUCUCUUAUUUCAAAAAAGAUAUCAGGAAGAACAGAAAAUUAGGUAAAAAAUCAAUACAAUUCGAUGAUGAAUACUUAUCGAAGACAAAAUGUAUGAAACAACUUAAAUCUUUAGUAGCUAGAUAACGAAGAUAUAGCAAUUAAAAAAUUAUUGGCUAAUUUAUAGGGAAAAGAUUAUGAAGGUCCCUAACCAUUGACUAGUAAACGCAUAAGAAAAACAGUUAAUAAUAAUAAUAAUAAUGUUACUUUAUAUUAAAAUACUAUUAAUGAUUAAAAGAAUAUAUAAAUUGAAAGUAAUGAAAUAAAAGAAGAACAUUAAUAAGAUUAAUAAUUGUAAUCAUAAUAAAUACUAUAAUAAUAAUAAUAAUAAUAAUAGUUAUUAUUAUCUUAAUAAUAAUAGAUUUAAUAGUAGCAGCAAUAAUAAUCACUAAUGCUUGGAUUACCUGUAUUUUCUCCAAUGUUGCCUUUCUCUCCAUUACAUUAUUUAAUUAGUAUUUAAUUUACUUAUUUUUUAAGAAUCAAGUCCAAAUAAUAUAUCCUCACCUUAUGAAAUGAGAAAUAAGAAUUAUUCUAGUUAAUUACAACUUUUUGAUGAAUAUAUGAAAUCUACAAACAAUCUUGACUAAAGUGCCCCUUAAUCAGAAGUUCCUUGUUUAUUAAGGUUAUUUAAUUCGCCUGCAUUUAACCAUUAAGGGUUUCCUUAUGCAACAAUGCCUUACUAAUAACCUACAUAACAGUAACCUGCAUAUAAUACAAAAAAAAUAAAUAAAAUUCAAAAAGAAUUGCUAAAAUUUGAUAAAGAUUUAAAUAGAGAUUGA